AUGCGUUGUCUGAAUCACUACAUAGCAAGUGCAUCCACAGUGAACAAUGAGAAAACUCGUAAUCUGUUCAAAGUACUGGGACUGGUUUUCCGGACGGUAGUGCAGUCGAAGCGAAGUGGAGACAACUUCUGCGAUGACGAGGGUCACACGACGAAGUUCCGCUCACAACUGGACAGCGUUCUUGACUCAUUGGUAUCACUCAUGGGCGAGACAAGGGAAAGAAUGACUGUACAGAACACAGCUCUCAAACACUUGCCAGCAAUCGUGGAUCCAAUUUGUGCAAGUGGUGCCUAUGAGCCUACAGAUCUUUGCAAAUUUUUCCUAAGAGUCAUGAAUGGCUUCGGGAAGAACAUCGUUGCUAGAGAGCGUCUUGGUCUAGUGUCGCAGUUGAUAGAUACUCAUCUUUUUGAAUUGCAAGCUUGCCGUGC